UAUGUUCUCAGUGACAUCAAAAUGGCUGCGCACUAGAGAGUGGACAAAUCAUUUUAAUAUCAUAGAAAAGGCCAUGCGGUAGCUAUUUGGACAGAAACAACAGUUAAAAACUGUCGUUAGAAUUGAAGGAAUAGUUAGAGCCGUCAAAUGGCUUUGUUCAGUGAGGUUUGUCGUUCUGCUCGCGUGCUACUAGUUCAAUGUCAGAGAUCUGCAGCUGCAGCGGCGUGGAUUCACUGUCAGCCCGCAGCUCGGAAAUACAGUCAGACGGCACCUGAGCCAGAACCAGUGGUUAGUGAUAAUGAAGGCAUCAAUAAAACAUUUGUUAACCGAAACCCAAGAAACCUGGAGCAGAUGGCCCUGGCAGUGAAGGAUCGAGGCUGGGCUACAGUGUGGCCUUCCAGAAAAUACUAUCACAGGUUGGUGUUAAGACGCACACAGAAUCACACCACAGCUGAGGUUUACUCCUGCGACUCUACAGAUCCAGUGCUGUCCUGCUCCACCAGAGAGUGGGCACUGAAGCGUCAGCUGGGCUCCAUGCGCUCUGUAGCAGCUUGUCGGGCUGUGGGUGAAGUGCUCGCUCAGCGCUGUUGUGAAGCAGGCAUCACACGGCUGUAUUAUCGAGAGGUCCCGUGGAUGUUUCGCUCCGAGGCGAAUCAGACAUUCUGGAGGGCCAUGAAAGAGGGAGGUGUCGUGCUUAAUGAGCCAAAGCAGAAAUUUGUUUAGGUUGCUGUUUGUUUAGUUUUUAAUUGGGCUUAAAUAUGUCUGUUGUCUGUAAAUAAAAACGGUGUAAUAGUAAUAAA